UCAAUUGAAAUCUCUUGGACUGCAACGAAGAGUUCAAGCUCUCCAGUCGUUUCCUACCGACUGGAUUAGAAAGAGAGAGAAAUGGGGGAUCUGUAUGCGUUGGAUUUCGAUGGAGUUCUAUGUGAUAGCUGCGGAGAGAGCUCGAUUUCUGCUGUAAAGGCAGCUAAACUGAGAUGGCCUGAAUUGUUUGUUACCGUGGAUUCAUCAAUGGAGGAUUGGAUUGUUGAUCAGAUGCACAUAGUGCGGCCUGUAGUGGAAACUGGAUAUGAGAACCUGUUACUUGUGAGAUUGCUUCUGGAGAUUAAGAUCUCAUCAUUGCGAAAGUCAUCAGUGGCUGAAGGGCUCACAAUUGAUGGAAUAUUAGAAAACUGGUCAAAGAUAAAACCAGUAAUAAUGGAAGAAUGGAGUGAAAACAGAGAAGCCCUUGUAGAUCUGUUUGGAAAAGUUAGGGAUGAAUGGAUUGAGAAUGACUUGGCCACCUGGAUUGGAGCUAACAGGUUUUAUCCAGGUGUUCCUGAUGCAUUGAAGUUUGCCAGUUCACAAGUCUAUAUAGUUACCACAAAACAAGGUCGUUUUGCUGAAGCGUUAUUGCGGGAACUUGCUGGAGUUAUGUUACCACCUGAAAGAAUAUAUGGCCUUGGAACUGGUCCAAAAGUAGAAGUGCUGAAGAUGCUUCAAAAGCAACCUGAACACCAAGGUCUCACCCUGCACUUCGUGGAAGAUCGACUAGCAACAUUAAAAAAUGUCAUCAAAGAACCCGAAUUAAAUGGAUGGAACUUGUAUCUAGGUGACUGGGGUUACAACACUCAGAAAGAGAGGGAGGAAGCUGCCACUUAUUCCAGGAUUCAUCUGCUUCAGCUUUCUGAUUUCAGCAAGAAGUUAAAAUGAAUGUGUUUUUCCAAAACAUCUUUGUAACAUCAAUACAACUGGUAACAUUUUUAUUUUCUAUGUUUUUUUUUUUUUUUUUUUUUUUUUUUUUUUUUUUUUUUUAAUCUUAAUAGAUUUUUUCUAAAUAUUUUUGGAACAAACUUAAAUCUUAAUAAAUUGAGAAUUAUGGCUUUUACAAUUGUUUUUAUCAUGUAAUUGGAAAAGAAUCGUUGGCAACCA